UCAAAUCUAUAUUUUCUCCCAAGAGGCAAGAUGAUGUUGACGGCCUGCAGCCUCAUCUUGGAAACUAGAUGAAAGACACGGAUCCAAUCUCGUUUACGUCUGGCUCACUUGAGGAAUGGAGUAGUGGAAAAAAUGUGGCCGACUGGCUGGUGUAAAAACAUCCGCAUAAUGAAUUCCCCCGCCAAUUAGACCGGAAUCGUCAUCGUACCCGUGUCUCCCCUCAUUUCAUAAGCUGGAAGAUCACACAGCUGGAAAGAGAGGGAGGGAACUCGGGUGGAAGUGGAAAGAGGCAGCGAGGAGGAGGAAUGCGAAACAUUUGUGAUGGUGCUCCAGUGGCUGUUUACACAGUAGUCAUCGCGGCGGCAUGACAUCAGAGUGCAGACUUUAUAAAUGUCAGCAGCUGGCCAGAGGGGCGAGACAGACGAAGCCCGGAGACAUUCGCAGACCCGAGACGAACGUAGACUUUUGCCCUCAUGGACCGAUCGCUGUGUGACUGUGUGACAGCCUUGACCCUGCUGCUGCUCGCUGUGGCCUCGCAGGUGUUGUGUCAGUUGUGUGACGGGCCGUGCCUCUGCCCCCAGCCUGCUCCCCAGUGCCCCCCUGGAGUUCCCCUAGUGGCGGACGGCUGCCGGUGCUGUAUGGUGUGCGCGCGGCAGCAGGGCCAACCGUGCACUGAGAAGUUCCUGUGCGACGGCCAACGGGGGCUAACAUGUGACUACAGCGCCAGUUUUCCUGGUGGCCCCGGGGAGUGCGUCGCUCAGGAAGAUCUGACCUGCAAAGUCAAUGGCAUCAGCUAUCACGACGGCCAAUCCUUUCAGCCCUCGUGUGACGUCCACUGCCACUGCAGAGGCGGCGGCGUCAGCUGCGUGCCCGCGUGUCCCCUGAAUUUUCGCCUCCCCACUGCGGAUUGUCCUCAUCCGCAACAUGUUCGGCUACCGGGGAAAUGCUGCAAGGAGUGGCUGUGUGAAAACCUAGACAACUCUGUGCUUCAAGACGCCAUCUCAGCCAUGAGAGCAGACGCUCCGCAACCACCGCCCCCGCUGCCGGUCGCCUCUGUCUGCACAGAGCGCAGCACCCAGUGGAGCGCCUGUUCCCAGAGCUGCGGGGCCGGCAUCUCCACGCGAGUGUCCAACCGCAAUCCGGCCUGCAAGCUGCAAAUGGAGACUCGCCUUUGUAAAGUGCGACCCUGCCAUGCGCAUCUCCCCAUACCAAGCGGACACACGCAACGGGAGCAGCAGGGCCAGUGCACGGUCAGCUACACGUCACCCGAGCCCGUUCGGCUGGUCCAUCACGGCUGCAGCAGCACGCGCGUCUUCCGGCUGCGAUACUGCGGCGGUUGCAACGACUCUCGCUGCUGCACGCCGUUCCACACCUCCACCGCCGACGUGACCUUUCGCUGCCCCGCCGGCACGCUGCGACAGCAAGCGGUCAUGGUGAUCCACUCGUGCGUCUGCCACAGCAAGUGCCCCUACUCGCCCUUCACCAACCCGGCUCUUUGGGGAUACAGACCUUGACUGGUUGCCAUGGUAACACCAGUCUUCAAACUGCUGGGCUAAUCUGUUGUUAGUCCUGGAAAGAGACAAUGUCAAUUUUGUAGAUGAAGAAAAAAAAUGUCCAGAUGCAUUUGUGUGCCCUGCGAAGUCACAGCACACAGCAGGUGUUUGAUCGAUGAAUUGAGCAAUACGUUUCAUGUUUCAAUUUGAAUUGAUAUUUAAAGAGAAGAAGCCUAAAAUGUCUGUUUCACGGUCAAUUCUCUCUAAAGACAUUUUUUGAUCCAGAACUAUAAAAUAACAGCCGUCUACCAAUGUGUGGACCUUGAGAGAGAACCUUUAGGAAUGUGUAUCUUCUGCCGUUUAGUGGAAGAGUGUUUUAUUGUUUUGCCUGUUGCUGGCAUAGAUAGAUAAGCAAAGGUACAUUAUCUGCUGUAAAUAAAUUAUUUGAAGUGAAAUUAUCUCAUUUCCCGUGGCAAACCUGAUGAUCUCCUCGCGUGUUGGGAAUCACUGGCCCAUAGUGUCAAAGGGUGUCAUCACCAGGUUGUGACAUUGAGACAGAGACUGGAAGAGUCACAGAAAGGCAUUAGAGCAAGAUGUCUGAUCAGACCCCAAUUACAAAACAACAAGUUGGGAAAAAAAGUACUGAAACACUGAACAGUUCAGCAUGUGCAGUCCAUUUUUUUUUUUUUUUUUAAUGUUGAUGUUCACUUGUGAAGAUUUAAGUGCAUUUUAGGUUUGUCGGGAAAUUACACCCAUUAAGGUCCAGGUUUCUUUGUGCUCAUGUAAGGAAUGAAUAUUCAUGACAAGCCUUUCAAUAAAUAGGUUGAGGAUAUUGGUGUGAAUUGGGACAGAAGUUGGAAAAAUUUUUUUUAAUAAAUUCAUUGUACAAGCGUAAAUGGAUAGAAGAGGAGCAAUUUGUUGGUUCACUGAGUUAAUAUGAACAAUGUAGAGAAUCUCCUCCCAAAAUAAAAUAUUCUCAUCGACAUAAGAUUAUUGUUAGAAUAGUGACCUUUACGUCGUACUUUUGUAAAUGUUUGCCUGGUCCAGAUAAACUGGCACACACCUUGCAACUUUAUUCUCAUAAGUUAUGACUGUAUUCUUCUCAUAUAUCAAGUUUGUUUUUUUAUCUUUUCAGUUUGGCUCCUCAUACUAAAACGUUUUCAUAUAACAUGAGAGAUGAGAUGCUUGUAUAUAUUCCCCAGAUAGACAUUGACCAUUUCCUACUGUUCCUAACACUGUACCUACGAUGUUGCACUUCUUAUAUUUCAGUGUAAACAGUUUUGGAUAUUCUGUAUAUUUCCUGAUUACGGUGAAGAUUUUUAUUUUUCGGUGUUCAGUGCCAUGCAUUUCUAAUAAGACGUGCUUAUAAGUUACCCUAAAUUUGACAGCACAGUAAUGUUUGUCGAAAUUAUAUGACAUUAUACUGUAUUCAUCUGUCAACUCCUUCAUUCGUGUGACAACCCCUCAGGCAUAUCAGGCCAUCACAUCUUUGACAUUUCUGUGGCCUACACACAGUUUCCACAUGUGUAUCGUGGAAAAAAAUAAACAUGACUUGGAUAUAGUCAUUUGUUUUCUCUUCGUCUUCAAGGAAAGAUGGCCUCAUUUUUCCAUCCCUUAUCAUUGGUGACAUCCCCAAUUUAUCGCCACCAGUGUGAGACGGUCAAUCUAAAAAACGGAUUUCAAAACAAGGUUUAGAAAUAAAAUGGUCCCUAAAAUCCA